AUGGAAAUAUUCAAAUUCUUUCACUUCAUUAAUCUUCUCAUUCUCCUCUCUAUUUUCCUCUCAUCCUCAUCAUUACCAAUUGAUCCUUAUUCACAAGCACUCUUGAGUCUAAAAUCUGAGCUUAUAGAUGACAACAACAACUUAGAUGAUUGGGUGGUGCCCUCAGGAAUCAACUUAACUGAAAACGGAAGUUCCUAUGCUUGUUCUUGGUCUGGUAUCAAGUGUAACAAAGACUCACUUGUAACUUCCAUAGACCUUUCCAUGAAGAAACUAAGAGGUACUCUAUCAGGUAAAGGAUUCAGUGUUUUCACAAAUGUUAUUGCUUUCAACCUAAGCUAUAAUUUCUUCUCUGGAAAUCUUCCACCAGAAAUUUUUAACCUCACAAGCUUGAAAAGCUUGGACAUAAGCAAAAACAAUUUUUCAGGUCAAUUCCCAAAAGGAGUUUCAAAGCUAAAAAACUUGCUUAUAUUUGAUGCACUUAGCAACAGCUUUUCAGGUCAAUUACCUGCAGAAUUUUCAGAACUGGAAUAUCUUAGGAUUCUUAACCUAGCUGGAAGUUACUUUAGAGGAACAAUUCCAUCUGAAUAUGGUUCUUUCAAAAGCCUUGAGUUUCUUCAUCUAGCUGGAAAUUCGCUAUCCGGAAAUAUACCUCCAAAGCUUGGUAACCUUCAAACACUGACUCACAUGGAAAUUGGCUACAAUUUCUACCAGGGUUUCAUUCCACCGCAAAUAGGUAAUUUGAGCAAGCUUCAAUAUCUUGACAUAGCAGGUGCUAAUCUAUCUGGUUCUAUUCCAAAGGAACUUUCAAACCUCACAAGUUUGCAAUCACUUUUUCUUUUCAAAAACCAGCUCACCGGAUUAAUACCGAGUGAGCUCAGCGAAAUUAAACCUCUCAAAGAUUUAGAUCUCUCGGAUAACUUCCUUUCAGGGUCUAUUCCAGAAAGCUUUUCAGAGCUGAAGAACCUCAGACUUCUUAGUCUCAUGUACAAUGACAUGAGUGGGACUGUUCCAGAAGGCAUUGCAGAACUCACAUUCUUGGAAACACUUCUUAUUUGGAAGAACAACUUCUCCGGAUUCCUCCCAAAGAGUUUAGGAAAAAACUCCAAACUCAAAUGGGUGGAUGUCUCCACAAACAAUUUCGAUGGCAGCAUACCACAAGACAUUUGUCUCGGUAGAGUACUCUACAAGCUAAUUCUGUUUUCAAACAAAUUCACCGGAAGUCUCUUCUCGAUCUCGAAUUGUUCUUCCCUGGUUCGACUUCGCCUAGAAGAUAAUUCAUUCUCAGGUGAGAUCCCUUUAAAAUUCAGCCAUCUUCAUGAUAUCACAUACGUCGAUCUGUCAUCGAACAAUUUUGUUGGCGGGAUUCCCUCAGAUAUUUCUCAUGCUACUCAAUUGGAGUAUUUCAAUGUCUCUUAUAAUAAGCAAUUAAGAGGCAUCAUCCCUACACAAAUAUGGACUUUACCACACCUUCAAAAUUUCUCAGCAUCUUCUUGUGGCAUUUUAGGAAGUCUUCCUUCAUUUGAGUCCUGCAAAACAAUUUCAGUAAUCGAUCUUGGUAGAAACAACUUAUCCGGAACAAUCUCGAAGAGUGUUUCCAAGUGUCAAGCUCUUAUAACAAUCAAAUUAUCUUACAAUAAUUUGACAGGCCAAAUACCUGAAGAGCUUGUCAAUUUACCUGUUCUCGAAAUUGUAGAUUUAUCUAUCAAUAAGUUCAUUGGCAUCAUACCUGCAAAGUUUGGUAGUUCAUCAACUUUACAACUUCUCAACGUGUCUUUCAACGAUAUCUCGGGUUCAAUACCAAAAGGAAAGACAUUCAAGUUAAUGGAUAGCAGUGCUUUUGUUGGAAAUCGAGAGCUAUGUGGAGUACCGUUAAGACCGUGUUUUGAGUCUCUGGGAAUAUUAGGCAGCAUAGGGACUUGGAAGCUUGCACAAAUUGUGUUACUUUUUGUAGGAUUGUUAAUAAUCCUUGUGGUGCUGGCUUUUGGAAUACUUCAUUUCAGAAAGGGAUUCAAGAGUUAA